AUGGCUGUUGCUGUUUUACCUCAAUCUUUAUCUCAAGAUGUCUUGAAUGAUAAUCAUAAAUAUGAUGUUCCAAAAGAUGUUUAUGAAGAACAAUUAUUACCAAUCUUACAAGCUUUAUUAAAAUUUGGUAUUACUGAUCCAUCCACUGUUAAAUUUGAUCCUGCAAAACAUAUUUUAUUUACUGAUGAUUAUUAUACCAAAACCAAGAGACAUACUUUAGAAGAAUUAGGUUUAAAAAAUCUUCAUCAAACUCCAAUUAGUCCAAUUGGUGUUAGUGAACCAUUCCCAUUAUUUACUCAAGAAGCUAUUACAAUAAUGAGAUAUGAAUUAAUUCAAAAAGAUUUAAUUGAACAUUGUGGUAGAGUUUCUUCACAAUCAACUACUGGUGAUGUUGAUUUAACAAUUAGAGGUUACACCAAGAAAUUUGCCCAUUUUACUCAUGAAGCUUGGACUCACCCAAAGACAAUGGAAAUUAUUAAUAAAAUGGCUGGUGUUGAAUUAUUACAUAUGUUUGAUUAUGAAAUUGCAAGUGCAAAUGUUUCAAUUAGAUCUGAAGCUACUAAAUUAAUUGAUCAAACUCCAAUUGAUUAUGAUGAUCCAGAUAAAAUCCCAGGUAUUGUUUCAUGGCAUUUUGAUUCACCACAAUUUGUUUGUGUUUUAAUGAUGAGUGAUACAACAAAAAUGGUUGGUGGUGAAACUUCAUUAAUUAAAGGUGAUGGUAAAGUUGCAAAAGUUGCAAAUCCAAAACAAGGUUGGGCUAAUGUUUUACAAGGUAGAGUUGUUAAACAUAUUGCACCAAAACCUUCUGGUGAAUAUGAUGAAAGAAUUACUCAAGUUUGCAGUUAUAGACCUGCUGAUCCAAUGUUGGAUAAAUGUGUGAUGACUACAAUUAAACCUGCUGCAUUAUCUGGUACUCGUUAUAAUGAAUUUUAUAAAGAUUGGAUGAAUUAUAGAUUAGAAGUUUUGAGUAAAAGAGUUGAUAUCCUAAAGGAACAAAUUAAUACCAAGAUUGAUAAAGGUGAAAGAUUUGAUCAAAUUGAAACUAUUAAUUUUAUUCAAAAAAAUAUUGUUGAAUAUGCUGAACAUACAUGGCAAGAAUUUGAAGUUGUUGAUGAUGGUAUUGUUGAAAAACCAGCUUCUUAUCAAGUUACAAAAGCAAGAUGGGAUUAG